ACACCAACCUCUCAACUCGGAAUUGCCAUAACUGAAGGAGAGGUGUAGUCAGUGUAAUCUGAUUUUACCACCACUGAAAUCACUCUGUCAACUAAAACAUUUUUAAAACUUUUUUUUUUUUUUUUUUUAAUACGGUAUAUAUAGAGUAUAAUCUUCAUCGCAAUAUACCGUAAUACCUUAAUCAUUUUUAAACAUCACCAUUAGCGGUUGAAUUCGACCAAAUUAAACAUUGGUGGCUGCUCUAACAAUACCUACCUUAACAAUACCUCUGAGUAAUAUAAGAAAAACAUAACAUUUCAUUAAAAAGACGCCGUGCAGUCCGCGACAGACCGAGUGCCUUAGGGUGCUUCUAUUAGAUACUUUACGGUACAGUUUAUUUUUUUUCAUACUUGGGAAUAUCAGAUGGAACACGCAACAUUUAAUCACACAGGAUUGGCUUCGCAGAGGAUCUGUGUGGCUGGCUGGUAGCAGAGAGAUUCUGCGGACGAGAGGGAUUUCUAGUUUGGGGAAACAGGUCAUAAAAAGCAGACUUGUAAACUAGUUACAGAAGUCUUCGUAAAAUUUUAUAUACAACGAUGACAAAGAUUUUGACAGUAUACAAGUUGGUGAGAUCUCUCAAACAUGGGCUGUCUUCAUCGUGCCACAAUACUGCGGUUUUAAAAGCAGCCGGGUUACGAUUAUUCAGUGUGAAGGCACAGACUGCCCACUUGGUGCUGGAUGAUGGUACAAAGAUGAAGGGCUUCUCGUUUGGGCACCAUGGCUCUUCCUCAGGAGAGCUGGUGUUCAACACAGGCCUGGUUGGGUACCCAGAGUCUCUGACGGACCCGAGCUACAGGGGCCAGGUUCUCACCCUGACCUACCCCAUAGUGGGCAAUUACGGAGUCCCAAACACAACGGAGCUGGAUGAGCUGGGGCUGGUCAAGCACCUGGAGUCCGAACGCAUUCAGGUGUCUGGCUUGCUGGUGCAGGACUACAGCCACGAGUACAGUCACUGGAACUCUAAUAAGUCUCUGUCUCAGUGGCUGCAAGAGGAGAAGGUCCCAGCCUUAUAUGGAGUGGAUACCAGGAUGUUGACCAAAAUUAUUCGAGAUAAGGGAACAGUUUUGGGCAAAAUAGAGUUUGAGGGGGAACCACUGGAGUUUUCCAAUCCCAAUUUGCGUAACUUGGUUGCAGAGGUGUCCACGAAGGAAGUGAAGGUGUUUGGCAAAGGGAAUCCUGUAAAAGUUGUUGCAGUUGAUUGUGGGAUCAAACACAACAUCAUAAGGCUUUUGGUUAAGCGUGGUGCUGAGGUCCACUUGGUGCCCUGGGACCAUGACCUGCUGGGGAUGGAAUACGAUGGGCUGUUCAUCUCAAACGGGCCCGGCGACCCUGCCCUAGCGCGCACCCUCAUUGAGAACGUCAGAAAGGUGCUAGAGAGCGACCGCACUGAGCCUGUUUUCGGUAUCUGCAUGGGAAACCAAAUUACGGCAUUGGCGGCUGGAGCCAAGUCCUACAAGCUGCCUAUGGGGAACAGAGGACAGAACCAGCCUGUGGUUAACCUGUUGAAUGACCAGGCCUUUAUCACAGCUCAGAACCAUGGCUUUGGGAUAGACAGCAAGUCCCUGCCCCCGGGGUGGAGUCCUCUGUUCAUCAAUGCCAACGACAACACCAACGAGGGAAUAAUGCACAACUCCAAACCUAUCUUCACUGCUCAGUUCCACCCUGAAGCCAAGGGAGGUCCCACAGACACAGAGUUCCUGUUCGAUGCUUUCCUUUCCCUGAUAAAGAAUGGUAAAGAGACAAGCAUUGCGGCUGUAAUGCCCAAGAAAUUCCCCUUGCCAAAGAGGGUCCAGGUGUCAAAGGUUCUGGUACUCGGCUCAGGGGGAUUGUCAAUUGGUCAGGCUGGCGAGUUUGAUUACUCCGGAUCCCAGGCUGUUAAAGCACUGAAGGAAGAGAAUCUGAACACGAUUCUGAUGAAUCCCAACAUAGCGUCUGUUCAGACCAACGAGGUGGGGAUCAAGCAGGCAGACUCUGUCUACUUUCUUCCUGUCACGCCAGAGUUUGUCACAGAGGUCAUCAAGACUGAAAAGCCUGAUGGGAUACUGCUGUCCAUGGGCGGCCAGACUGCUCUCAACUGUGGGGUGGCGCUGUUCCAGAGCGGGGUGCUGAAGAAGUACGGGGUGAAGGUCCUGGGGACCCCUGUGGAAUCUAUCAUGGCCACAGAGGACAGGCAGCUAUUCUCAGACAAGCUCAUGGAGAUUGAUGAGAAAAUUGCCCCCAGUUUCGCUGUGAAUUCGGUGGCAGACGCCCUGCAAGCAGCCGAUCAGAUUGGGUACCCUGUGAUGCUGAGAUCUGCCUACGCUCUGGGUGGUCUGGGGUCGGGUCUGUGUGCCACCAAGGACAAGCUUCUGGAAACUGCCAAGAAGGCCCUGGCGAUGUCCACUCAGAUUCUGGUAGAGAAGUCCCUGCUGGGCUGGAAGGAGGUGGAGUACGAGGUGGUGAGAGACAUCGCUGAUAACUGUGUCACCGUCUGCAACAUGGAGAACUUCGACCCGCUGGGCAUUCACACAGGGGAUUCCAUUGUGGUGGCCCCCAGCCAGACCCUAUCUAACGAGGAAUACCACAUGCUGAGGGAAACUGCCAUCAAGGUGGUGCGCCACCUCGGGAUUGUCGGGGAGUGUAACAUCCAGUAUGCCCUCUGCCCCACCUCACUGGAUUACUGCAUCAUUGAGGUGAACGCCCGCCUCUCCCGGAGCUCCGCCCUCGCCUCCAAGGCCACUGGGUAUCCACUGGCCUUUGUGGCUGCCAAGCUUGCUCUGGGCAUCACCCUGCCCGAAAUCAAGAAUGCCGUGUCUGGGAAGACGACGGCCUGCUUCGAGCCCAGCCUGGACUACAUCGUCACCAAGAUCCCCCGCUGGGACCUCGACCGUUUCCAGGGCACCUCACAGGAGAUCGGCAGCGCCAUGAAGAGCGUGGGCGAGGUGAUGGCAGUCGGACGCUCCUUUGAGGAGAGCAUUCAGAAAGCUCUGCGGAUGUGCCAUCCCUCGGUAGACGGCUUCAUGCCCCGACUGCCCAUGAAUAAGCCCUGGGCGAAGAAGCAGGACCUGGAGCAGGAGCUGGCAGUGCCAUCCAGCACCCGCAUCUUCUCCAUCGCCAAGGCCCUACACAACGGGAUGUCUGUGGAUCAGAUUCACAGCCUGACAGCCAUCGACAAGUGGUUCCUGCACAAGCUCCGCAGGAUCGUGGCUCUCGAGAAGCACAUGAGCCACUUCAGAGGCUCUGCAGUACCAGAUGACUUGUUGAUCAAAGCCAAACAAGACGGCUUCUCUGACCUGCAAAUGGGUCAAGCCCUGGGAGUGAGCGAGACGAAGAGCAGACAGCUGCGGCUGGAGAGGAAUGUCAAGCCCUGGGUCAAACAGAUUGACACCCUUGCGGCAGAAUACCCUGCAGUGACCAACUACCUUUACUGCACCUACCACGGGCAGGAACAUGACUUGGAUUUCAAUGACCAUGGGGUGAUGGUGCUCGGAUGUGGACCCUAUCACAUUGGCAGCAGCGUGGAAUUCGACUGGUGUGCUGUCUCCAGCAUCCGCGCGCUGAGGAGGCUCGACCGCAGGACAGUGGUGGUGAACCACAACCCUGAGACCGUGAGCACAGACUUCGACGAGUGCGACCGGCUCUACUUUGAGGAGCUGUCCCUGGAGAGGAUCCUGGACAUCUCCCAGCAGGAGGGCUGCAGUGGAAGCAUCAUCUCCGUCGGAGGGCAGAUCCCCAAUAAUCUGGCCGUGCCGCUGUUCCAGAACGGGGUCAACAUCCUGGGCACCAGCGCCCUGCAGAUCCACCGUGCUGAAGAGCGCUCUGUCUUCUCUUCUAUCCUGGACGAGCUCGGCGUGGCACAAGCCCCCUGGAAGGCUCUGAGCUCUCUGGAGGAGGCAUUCAUUUUUGCUGAAAGAGUUGGGUACCCAUGCCUUCUGCGACCCUCAUACGUAUUAAGUGGUUCAGCCAUGAAUGUGGUGUACGGAGAGGAGGAGAUGAAGAAUUUCCUGGAGGAGGCGGCCCUUGUGUCUCAGGAGCAUCCCGUUGUCAUCACCAAAUUCAUUGAAGGUGCCAGGGAGGUGGAACUGGAUGCCGUUGCAAAGGAUGGCAAGGUCCUGGUCCAUGCUAUCACUGAGCAUGUAGAGGAUGCCGGGGUGCACUCUGGAGAUGCCACUUUGAUGCUGCCCACACAGACCAUCAGUCAGGGAGCCCUGGAGAAGGUGAAGAGUGCAACCAGAAAAAUCGCCAAAGCUUUUGAAAUUUCUGGACCGUUCAACACACAGUUUCUGGUAAAAGGAAAUGAUGUAAUGGUGAUUGAGUGCAACCUGCGGGCCUCCCGCUCCUUCCCCUUCGUCUCCAAGACCAUUGGGGUGGACUUCAUUGACGUGGCUACCAGGGUGAUGGUGGGGGAGGACCUGGAUGAGUCCCAGCUGCCUUCCCUAGAAAACCCCAUCAUUCCAAUGGACUACGUGGGCAUUAAGGCGCCCAUGUUCUCCUGGCCCCGGCUGAGAAAUGCAGACCCCGUGUUGCGCUGUGAGAUGGCUUCCACUGGAGAGGUUGCUUGCUUCGGACCAGAUAUUUACUCUGCGUUCUUGAAGGCGAUGCUCUCCACUGGGUUUAAACUGCCCCAGAAGGGGAUUCUGAUUGGAAUUCAGCAUUCAUUUCGACCCAAGUUCUUGGCCACUGCGCAUCAGUUACGUGAAGAAGGGUUCAAGCUUUACGCCACAGAAGCCACGUCCGUGUGGCUCAACGCCAACGAUGUCCCCUCCAGCCCGGUGGGGUGGCCUUCUCAGGAAGACGAGGACGGCCCCCCCUCCCUGUCCAACAUUUAUAGGUUAAUAAACGAAGGUGAAAUUGACCUGGUGGUGAACCUGCCCAAUAGCAACACCAAAUUCAUCAGGGAUAACUUCCUGAUCCGUAGAAUGGCAAUUGAUCACGGAGUGCCUCUCAUCACCAACUUCCAGGUUGUGAAGCUGUUUGCAGAGGCCAUCAAUCACUGCAGCGUGUUGGACUCCACAAGCCUCUUCCACUACCGGCAAAACGAAGCCAGCAAAGUAAUCUAGUGAGCCUCCCUCCCUGUCUGUCCAUCUCUGUUCGGGCAGAGUUGAAUUGACUCGACUCAAGUCAUUGUCAUCGAAUGACUUGACUCUCCUCGAAUCCCUGCAAGAAAAGACUUGACUCGAGUCCCGGCCCAAAAGUCUCCACUUGACUCGAGUCAUAGUCUUUAUUGUAAAAUAAAUCAGUUUCGUUUUCAAUAACCAUAGCCCUUCUUCUGAUGCGUACAAGCCCUGCCUCUCUAUGAGUGAGAGGAACACAUGACAACAUAGAGACUGAGAGAAGAGCGUCAGCAGCAUGGCUCGCCGAGUUCACAAAAACUACAGAGUAGACGGAGAGAAAUGCCAAACUAAAAUAAACUGGGUCUAAAAUAA